CCCAAAAAACACCCAAUUGACCACCAUGUUUAAAUUAAUCAACAUCCUAACCAUCCUUGUGCUACUUACAUUUAGUUCGGAAAUUGCAGAUGCCGCACCUCCGUGCCAGGAGGUUAUCGUGUCGAUUACCCCUUGCUUGAGCUUCAUAAAAGGCCAACCCGAUCCGGCACCACGAUGUUGUUGGGGUGCUAAAGGGCUUGCUAAGCAAGCUAACACCAAACUAGAUAGGCAAGGAAUAUGCGAGUGCCUUAAAGGUGUAUUGCCAAAAAUAGGACCAUAUGACCCUAAAAGAUUCCCUCUUAUUGCCCAGAAAUGUGGUAUCAAUACUUUAAUUCCUCCAAUUUCUGCCACUACUGAUUGCACCAAGGUGUGAAGAGUGAAGUGGGGGAAAUGUGAAAAUGAAGAGCAUGCCAAAUGAAUAAAAAAAUGGGCAGAACUUUUCAUAAAAUGAUCUGUAAUCAACCCCUUGUAUUGCACUUAAGUUAUGAUUAAUUAAAUAAUAAUUACAAUUAA